CAAAGAAGCGUCCACCGGAAGUGUUGGCGUAACAGCGCGAUCGAACAUGUAUAGCGUGCGUCGGCGGUCCAAAGUGUGGUUGCACUUCUCGAAACAAACCGAAAACUCUGCAAAAAACUCCCGGUUGUUGUGAAUUUGUGACGCAUCAGACCAGUGCGCGCGGGUGCCGGGUGGCCAGAGCGGAGCUGUCCUAUCUGUUAAAAUGAGCAGUGAGGCUGGCGCUGCAAAGAAAAAAAAAGAGAUUGUGCUAGCAUUCCCCGCGUCGACCGCUAGCAGCCCCCCGUCAGCGAAAGUGUCCCUGAUUUGAGGUUGGGAGAGUUGUGCGCCCCCCCGCUCCGUGUGCCCCGUGUUUGACGCGCUGCGCCGCCCGUCCUCCGCUGCCUCUUCCUCUGAUUCCAAGCGUUAGCCCAUUAGUGGGAGCAAGGUAACGUUUAAGUACCUGCAGUAUCAUACACUCACGUGUAAAUGUGUUUUUGUGAGGUUUCAAAAAUAAAGCUCUCUGGAGGAAAGUGUACCCCUGUUAAAAUAUAUUCAUAAUUUAUAAUGUUUAUACAAUAUUCAAGUUCAUAGUUUGAUAUUUAUUUUAGUUGAAAACAGCCCUGUUAGAAAUUCAUAGUAAAGUUAAUAAAAAGUUCAUAGAACUAACAUUGAUGGAGAAGGUCAGACUAUUUCCUUCAGAAAGACCCUUGGUUAGCUAGCUCAUUUAAAAUAUCUUAAACUUAUACUUUUUUGACCCUGCCUCUUAAAAGAAUCGGAAUCGAGAAUCGCUGGGAACCGGAAUCGAAACCAGGAAUCGGAAUCGCUCAAAUUCAAACGAUACCCAACCCUAUUCACAGUGCACCUUAAAAACCCAUUGAUCACAUGUGUGAGGUGUUAAGAUAUCCUGUUGCACAUGUGGUUGACAUUUCAACCUCCUUGAUAUUUAAAUGAAUUUGGUUUUUUUCCCAAACCUGGAUGAACUUUGAUGAACCGCAUAGUGGCUGUGACUUUAUUCACAUGAACUUAAACCAAUCAAAAUGUUCUUCAUGCUAAACUGGAAGAACAGGUUAGUUGUUGCACACACGUAGGAAGUAAUCUACGGGGCGGAACACUUUCCAGGAACAUUUUACCAGAAGAGGUCUGCUACAGAAAGAAAUACUCCACAUCUUAUUCCGCCCGGCACGAGACCACACUGUUGAGCAGGACAAUAGAGAUCAUCUCAGGAUCUUGCUGAGGAAGUCUAUUGAUUUAAUAGUUUUAUGGUCAUACUAACCAAAACACAGCAAUAUACUUUAAUUGAGUCUUUAAGUUGUUAGAUCUGGGAAAAACAAGAGGAAACAAAAUUGAAGUAUCGUGAUCGGUUGUUAAUAACAGGUGUGAGCGGCUAGGUUUACAGAACUCACCUUCCGGGGAAGAAAGCAUGUUGAAAAAAAUCUUUCAAGGAUUGGCCUUUUUUGUUUCUUUAAGUGUGGCAUGUUUUAUUUUUUAUCAAUUCAACAAGAAAGAAAAAACGUUACAUAUUUUUGUAUCGUCGAAUCGUUCUGUAAAUCGAAGUAACCCACUUCUCCCAGUCCUGAAUGUCAAUGACGAAGAGAAACCAAUGCAGACCACUCAAGUCCCGACUUUGGAACGCUGUCCCGAAACCCCCCCAGAUCUUUUGGGUCCGUUGCUUGUGGAAUUUAAUUCUAAACGGACUCUGGAUGAGGUGAGAGAGAAAUUCGGUUCUCCUCUUCAGGAAGGAGGCCGGUACAAGCCGUCAGGCUGUAUCGCACAACAGAAGGUGGCAAUCAUCAUCCCGUUCCGCAAUCGGCACAAGCACCUCAUUCAUUGGCUGCAUUACCUCCAUCCGAUACUGAUUCGACAGCAGUUGGACUACACGGUGUAUGUCAUCAACCAGGAUGGAGAAGGCGUGUUCAACAAGGCUAAACUGAUGAAUGCAGGCUACGUGGAAGCAAUGAAGGAAUAUGAUUACGACUGCUUAGUCUUCUCUGACAUAGAUUUGGUGCCUAUGGACGACCGUAACCUCUACAGGUGCUUUGACAAUCCUCGACACCUGGCUGUGGCCAUCGACAAAUUUAACUUCCAGUUACCCUACAACACAAACUUUGGUGGAGUUUCCGCGUUGUCCAAAAGCCAAUACCUGAAGAUCAACGGUUUCCCGAACACCUACUGGGGCUGGGGCGGUGAGGAUGACGAUAUCUACGGGCGAGUCGUCCUCCGCGGCAUGACCAUAUCUCGACCUGACUCCGUGAUUGGAAAGUACAGGAUGAUCAAACAUACCCGGGACCUGCACAAUGAGGCUAAUCCAGAGAAUCCCGGUAAACUACAACACACCAAACACACUAUCGAUACAGACGGCAUUAACACUCUCAAUUACACAGUCAAAGAGAUUAAGAGGGACCGACUGUUCACCUUCAUCAACGUGGAUAUUGAGGCUCCGAUAAAAUGAAUGAAGAUGGAACCUGUGGGUAUUAGACAGCUGUGAUUUCUUGGUCUUUUUAGGAUUUAUUUCAAGCAUGUUCUUGAAACCUCUUGUUUGGCUUGGUGUAGUGCAUACCUGUGCUCGGGUGUGUCUAAAUGAAGUAUGCAGAUGUUCUUACUAUUUUGGUUUUCUCGGUACAAUCCUCAACCAACCGUCGUUACUGUCAAAAUCGAAAGUGAAUCAUUUUUUUGUGGCUUUCACACAUAAUGUGAAUGUUUUAGGGUGGGGAUUCUUUUGAGUGACCUGUGGAGCAUCGGGCUACGCUUAGUGGUGGAUUUAGAGACAUCAACCGUGUGCUCAUGAAGAAGUAAAGAUGGCGGUUUGGAUUAAGUAGACGCAUCCAUUUGAUUCGUUUAUGUGUGUGUGUGUGUGUGUGUGUGUGUAUAUAUAUAUAUAUAUAUAUAUAUAUAUAUAUAUAUAUAUCAUUACAAGGGAGAGUAUAAUAAUUAUAGGGUUUUAUAUUGUAUAAUUUAGAUCUUUCUACGUUGUAAUGUUUUUUUUGUCGAUACAAUUGUCUUAAUACUUUUGUACAUGCUGGAAUGCAUGAUGAAAUUAGAAGGGGAAAGGUCAUUUUGGUGGCAGUGAUGCACAGGUUGUAUCUUAUUUAUUUUAGGGAGAUGGGCUUUCUGGUUUCAGUUAUUCAUUGCCUUUUGGAAAAAAAUGGUUCUGCAUGGCUGAUAUCUUCAUUGCUGCUAUACAAAGUAAUAUUUCACCAAUCAGAAAAUGUUCUUACUUGCAGUUGUUUUGAACUCUGGUGGCAAAAUAAAUUUUACAAGUUUCAUGCAAGGCUACUGUUAUACUUGUCUUAGGUAAUUACAGGCAACGUGUAUUUAUGGAAACACUUGCUAAAACCAAAACGAAAGCAGGAAAAGAACAACAGUAAAAUAAUAACAUUUUGGAAAUUGGGCAAAUGAUUUUUUUUCUCCAAUUACUUUUAUUUUCUAAGUUUUCUAUGUUUAGUUUUCUGUUUUGCUUAAACUCUUCUCCCUCGGGGUUCCAAAAAGCUUGAAUAACCUGUUUAAGUAACAGUACUUACUACAGUAAGUAGUUUCUUUUCUGGUAACAGGUAAGAAAUAUGACCUGACAGGCCAUCUUACACACUAUGUACACACUUAUUCAGCACUGUUGCUCUUGUAAAUGAGAGGCAACACAACCCGCUUUGAAAGUAAUGUUAAUCUGGUCAUUUAUUUGUGAAAUCAGGAUAUAUUUCGGUUGUGUGUCACACAAAAGUUCAGUUAAGUGAACACGUACAAAUGUUGAGUACUAAAUUGAAGACAUUGUGCUGUGUAUCUCUCUCCCGACCUUUUAAAGGGAAUUUCAGGCAAAAUUCAUCUUGUGACUCCUAAUUCAAUUCAUAUUCUAAUCUGCUGCUCACAAGGUCCCAUUGAGUUUGGAUCAUAAUUAAACAUUCUUAAACAGGAACGAUUAUAAACCAGAUUCGGCUGAAGCUUUCCUGUUCUGCAUGCUUUCAUUUUUCACACUGAGCCAAAGAGCACUCUCUGCUCACAGCUUGUCUGAUGGUGAAUUAUUGACAAGUGAAAGGAUUACACAACAUUGCCCUCGGAGGAUCCGUGGCAGCAUGCCAGAGAGUAAAGCAGAGUGAUAAGGUUGGACAAAAGGGUCGUGUUAGUGUAGGUGAUGCUGGGGGCUUUGCAUGCUGUUGCAGAGGUGAAAAGCAGUGGAACCUCUUCAUGACUUGUUGAAGUGUUCAGAACGACAUGUUGGUUAGUGCAUGGUUUUUAUCUGCGUGAAUGUUCAAUCACGGCAACCCCCCAAACACUGGCCCAUCCUCCUUCCUGCCCAGCCCCCUCUUUUCAUUGGUUGACCUAGUAGAGUUACUAUGGGAACAACUGUAGAGAGGCUGCCAUGAAAAUUGUGGGGUGCAGCUUGGUCUCCAUCUCACACACACACACACACACACACACACAAACACACACACACACAGACGUUUAACUUGGCAUGGUAACCCUACCUAUAAUAUAUAUUAUUAAAUAUCAGUACGACCACAACUCAACUGUAUGAUAGCAUUUUUCUCCACCAGUAUCUUUGAUAUAUUGGUAGAGAGGGGUUCUUUAUUGUUCUUUCUGAAAAGCCCAAAUGAAUAUUGCUGUUUAUGUGUCUAUCUACUCCACUACUCUGCUUUGUAAACAUGAACACCUAACACAAUAUAGUUUCAUUGGAAUGCCCCCAGCUUCAAACUGAGAAUCAGCAGACACCAAUGUAGCUUUAAACACAGACAAAACAUAAAAAAUUCAGACAUGAGCUGGAAAGUAGUUGAUCAAAACAAACUCAUAAUUGAUGUAAAAAUGAAGAAAAAGUGCCCCCUCACGCCUCUCAUUUCAAAGACUAUGCUGCUUUUUAAAGAAUUCAAAGCUCAUAUGCAAUAAUUCAUGUCACAGCAUAACAAUUCAUCUGUGUUUCAUUCACUACACUCCUUGGUGUACAGAUUAGUUCAGUUAGGGGCUGACAUCAGCUAAUGCUAGCAAACCAUGGACAGAUGAUGCACUAACUUAUAGAAUCAGUUUGCCAACCCUUCUCUUCUUGUGUUACUAGCACAGGAAGCUUUAGCAAUACCACUAGGCCACUAUUGCCACUUGCGGGUGCUGUUAACCAGAUGGCUAUAUACGCUGGCUAAAAACUUCUAACGAAACAAAUUGAAGCCAGAAAAUCCCUUACUCACAUCUUGUUCUCUCACUUUUCUUUUCACUCCCUCACAUGUUUGCUCUCUCUUCGACGGCUCAUUUUAUGAAACGUAUUCUUUGGCCCAAAGUUGAUCCUCCCUGUCCCGCGUCAUACCUGAUUAAUGCAAAGGAACAAACACGCACCCCGUAGGCUCAAACAUGGCUCACGAUGAGGACGAGUGUCCGCAUCCAGCAUCCGGGCAGCAGCAGAUUAAUGAUGAGAUCAGCCGACGCACACAAUUUUCACUGUCAGCAUCACUGGCCUUGAUCUGGCGGGCUGGUACAACUGAGUGUUAUGCUAUUACGUAAUGCUUUUACAUAAAGCUCAGCAGAACCAGAGGGAGAAGGAACUGGGUAGAGGGAGGGGGGGGGCGCUGCACCAUUCAAAAGGGGGAUUCGCACUGCACCAAAUCCUCCUCCCACCACACAUGCAUGCGCACCCACACCACAACAACAUAUGAGCUUUCUCCAUAGCAACGUGUGUCUCCCUCUAAACAACGAAACCCUCCCUUUGAUUGAUAUUAAGGACACAUGGAUGCAAACAAACAGGUUUGUCGUUCACAGGCAUCAGCUGCCUGUCCACAUUUUGGCUCUCUGUCCCUGUCUCAACUGUGCAACUUUACCCCCCCCAGAGCCCCAACAGCAGACAAUUACACAUCACAUCAGGCUCUCAUCUCAGCAAUCAAUAUAGUGUAUUGAUAACCUAGUGCUUCCCGAGCCAAGCAGACCUCUCCCCACGACACAAACGCCACACACUGCAACAAAUCAACAAAAGUAUCUCUGUUUCACAACCUCUCUCACACCCGACCUGCUCUUUUGAGACUCAAGCCAUGUUGGUGUUUGGGGAGGAAUUUGCUCUAAUCAUACAAUCACACAAAGCUUCUGACAUGGAGUGUAUGAGUUUUUGUGUAAAUGGGGUUAAAAAGAUUCUGGAGCUAUCAGCGCAAAUAGUUUUAUUCAUUAAAUAUGAAAAAAGUGGAAAGAUCGUCACAUUGUGAACAGACUGUUAAAAAAAGAGAAGGAAAACCUAAUGUGCUUUUCCAUCACAGCAAUUGACCACAUAUGAAGGCUCAGAUUUCCGAAAGGAAGGAGAGAUGCAUCGACAAUAAAUAUACAACGAAUCGAUUCGGUUAGCAAUGUGAUGCAUCUGUGGUUGAUGUUAUUACUGUAUACAGGCCAAUGCAACUGAUAAAAGUACCCAAACUUUACUCAUUACUGUCAUACUUGGAAAAAGUGAAAAAACAAGUUCUACUAAAACACCAAACUGCAGCAUAUGGGACAUUAACCAAGUAGGAUGCCAUAUUUAAACUAAGGACUGAUCAUUCCUUUUUUGUUAAUAGCACCCCACUCUCCCUUAAUCUUAACAGUGAUGUAAUUUGAUUGGUGACAAUGUGACAAAUUAUGAUUUUUAGAUUCUAAGGGCAAGGUUUAUGUCAACAUUCAACAACCACCACGUCAGCUGUUACAAAAAAAACAACUCUUUUUAGUUAUUUAACCAAGUUCAUAAUAGUUUCACCCCAAAAUCAUCCGUCUUUUGUCAAUUGGUACUCCAAAGAAGGGAAGAUGGAAGUGAUUGCAUACUGAAGAGCGAAGAGCACAGUGCGCACACAGAAAACCUGAAUGGAUAUGAUCUUUGUCUGCUCCCUCGAUGACCUUUAGCCUGCCCUUUUGAGAAACACUCUCACUGUGAACCUGGGAUCAGGUAACCCCGUGGCCUGUCCUGCACUACACCAUUCAUAGAUUGAACAGAUAUCUGAACCUGGAACGGGUCGGCU